AUGGCGGCGUAUUCCUGCGUCGUCGGCGGCCCACCCCUGAGUCAUUCCCCUGUCAAAGGUACUGUCGACGGCAACAGAUGGCACGGGUCCUUACAGAGGAGGUCGGCUCCGCUUGUGGCCAUGCUCACCUCGCCUCUACCUUGUCGGGGCCCUGUUUGGUGGAGCGGCGGCCUUCACCCAAGAAGGCGGAACCUCGUCGUCCACGCGGAAGAUAAAGCAAUUUCUUCCUCAACAUCCCCUUCUUCUAAUGACAUAUCUUCUGUGGAUAGCGAAGAAUUCGAGGUGUGUGUCGAUAUCUUAAUGGUUUCUUUUUUUUUACAUGGUUGAUGCCUUCCUUUCGAACUGGUUUCCUCUGCGUUUCUUGUCCCAGUAUGCUAUGAUGUUGCUUUUGAAAUUUACUUCUCUGGUUAUUCCAUGUUGCAUAUGAAUACUCUUUUCUUGAAAUAGAAGGCCAAAUAUCCUGUAGUUGGUUGAUUCAGUGUCUAACAGUUUCCCCCGUGAGAAAUCAAUCAGAUUUUCGUCGUGUGAGGCUGCGAAUGGGUUUAAUUUCUUGAAGCCAUUUCAUGUUUUUCCUUGUUAUGUCAUAUUAAAUACUGGGUCUCCCUGAAAUCAUCUGGUGCGUCCUCUGGCCAUCUUCAUUUUUCUCUCUUAAAUAGCAUUCCAUGAAACAUGUUACACAAGAUUAUUCUAACGCAUUUUCGUGGUGUGGCUGAGCAAGAGAGAGUACACAACUACCAAAGUUGACUUAGACAGAACGAAAGGAAUGGAAAGAUACUACAAGGAUAAGAAUGUGGUCAACUUGAAACAUAUUUGCCAUGAACUGUCCUCCUUGGACCGUUACAAUUUCUAUAAUCGCUUUCUUUCUUUUUUCAAAAGUCACUAAUUUUGGAAGCAUUCAAAUAACAUGUUUUCUUAUGAAAACAGAGGUUAAGGACAUCUGCUAUGUCCGCUCUGAUGCUAGGAAUUGUGACACAGAAGGAAUACAUACUUGUGCACUAUAAUACUACAGAGAAGGCUGACCAAAAUACCACACCAUAGUUUUCAGGGACUCAUGUAAAUAUUUUAUUGAAAAAAGGAAAGCAUCCAUCCAUGUUACUGCCUGCCUGAAUUGGAAUAGAGAUUGUUGUUAAACCACUCUAGUCUUUGGGGAAUAUUCCGUGUUUUAAAAAAUUGGUAGAAAAUGCUAUCCAAUCUCUGUCUACUUUCAUUGGUCAAAAUCUCCUGAUCUCUGCUUGAAUUGGCCUAUUCUUCAUCAAUUAGGAUGACACCUUUCUAGAAUAACUGUUUGUAUCUAUCAAGUGUUUAGUGUGCAAGUCUAAAUCUUUUAUCUCUGCCUCUCUUGCAAAUGGAACAGUAAAAAUUCAAUCUUGAUUUCCAAAGAUGAGGUGUGAUUUUGUCUUAGUUUUUAUUCGUUUGGUAACUGACGAACAUAUGAAAGUAGAAAUCCUUUGAAAAGAACCUUAGUUUUCGGAUCUAGAGUAUUUUCAUCCUUUUGUGCUGAGAGAAUAAUCGUGCAUUGUUCCAGGAGGAAUUGGAUAGCUUUGGUGUUUGUGACCCCUUAUGCUCAGUUGACGAAAUGAGCUCUGAGGACUUCAAGGACAAUUACCAGCCCAAGACCGACUUGCUGAAAGCUGUUGCAGUCAUUGGUUCAGCUGUAGCAGGGACUGUUGCGAUUAAUCACUCUUGGGUAGCUGCUAAUCAGGUCUGUUUUUCUGUUCCUUCUUGUACCUUUAAAUUAAUUGCUUUUCCCAAUCUUAUGAGUAUUGUCUGGGAAAUGGGGUUUCCAUAGUUAUGUUUCUUGAGCAUAUUCAUCUGCCCACUAAGUGUGAAGCUAAUUCGCUUUUGGUGUGGAUAACAUACCCUUGCAUACAGGAUGCUGCUAUGGCAUUGGUAUUUGGACUUGGGUAUGCAGGCAUAGUAUUUGAAGAAUCCCUAGCGUUCAACAAAAGUGGAGUGGCAUUGUUGAUGGCUGUUUUCUUGUGGGUUAUAAGAAGCAUUGGGGUAAGGAUACAAUAUAUCAUGCUUCUCAAGUGUGUACGAUUCUUAUUUCUUUAUUUCAAGUUGUUCCCAAGCAGCUGCACUUUCAUAUCUCUGAAUGAUCUGUCAUGCAACUAAAAUGAUUUUCUCAUGUAUACUGUGCAUUUUUAAGGUCUUCACCUUACAGUCUCAUCAAGAGGUUAACUCACGUAUGCAAGAGUUUGCAUUGAGAUUGGUGUGGAUAUGCCUUGCUCAGAGGUUGUUGACAUUUACGUAAAUGGGAAUUUUUACCUGGCUUGCUACAUUUGUACCUUAUCCAUGUUGUUUGAGCAUCUAUUUGGGCUAGUACACCUGAAGAAAUAUGUGAUGGUCUCGCCCUUCAAUUAUGACUUAAUUCUCUGCCUUUUCUAUGGAGACAUUUUUUCCUCAUCCUUGGAUUUUUCUCGUUUCUUUAGUCUACCAUCUCUUUUCGUUUAGUUAUUCUAAUAUGAUGGUGUAGAUAUGUUGCCAUAUUUAUUCCAUGGUUCUAUGAGAGAUGUAUAAUUCUGUGUUCCAUGACUUCAUUGAAUCACUUGUAUCCUCAGAUAACUUCUCUAUUUAGCUAUCCCAGAGAGAGCAUUUAGAUGAGUGUGUCAUAAAACUGUUAUUUUCGGAGAAGUUGGACAUGACUGGUGCUGCAUUAAUACUCCUUUUAAUCUUCUGGCAAUUUCAUGAUAUAAUACCAAUAUUAUUAUUUACCUUGCUAUUUUUUAUGAAAUUAAAUGAUGCCACUUUGAGACCAUAACCUUUUCAAUUGGUCACGGUAAGCAACUGUACAUUCAUAAGAAUCAACAGGUUAGUUUCCAAGGUGUUUUUUCUAUCUCACUAGUUUGACUUUGAAUUCCUUAGCAGAAACUGACCCCUCUUGAAGGGCCAAGGAGGCUAGAUCUGUCCAUUUAGCUUCAGCUCAGAAAUUUUGCAUUCAUAAGAAUCAACAGGUUAGUUUCCAAGGUGUUUUUUCUAUCCCACUAGUUUGACUUUGAAUUCCUUAGCAGAAACUGAUCCCUCUUGAAGGGCCAAGGAGGCUAGAUCUGUCCAUUUAGCUUCAGCUCAGAAAUUUUGCAUCUUUCUCUAAAAUGGUAACUGGUUUUUGACUCUUUCUCCUCAACAAAUGAGAGGGUGGCAAGAUGUGGAAAGUUGGCCCAGAACCUGCUCAAAUCAUGAUGGUUAAUUUGUAGUGAUAGUGGAAAAAGGAUUAGUUAUGUUUGACAUCAUUAGACAAAUGAAGGUAGAUCUGAUGAGGUCAUUGAUCUUUGUUUCUUGUGUUUGCAAGAAUUUCUGAAGCGACUUCUAUGGCAGAACAAGAAUAGUCCCGAGUUGUGAGGGCAUAACCUAGCCCUUGCUAUGGAGACUUGCCAAUUAUACGUCAAACAGAUCAUCUAGAUGGUAGGAAUUACUUUGGGUGGUCUCAGCAGGUUCGAGUUGCUAUUAAAGGACAAGGAAUGCCUAAUCAUUUACUUCAUCCAAGUCUAAUGGGUGGAUAUCUAGGAUUUGAAGCUUGGAAUCAAAAGGAUUCGAGAAUCAUGGCUUGGAUGUGGACCACCAUAAUUCUUGAGAUCCAUAGAAUUUAUUUGUACCUACUUACAGCUAGAGACAUAUGGGAAAAUUCAUAUCAGACUUAUUCAAGAGUAAGAGAUGCUGUACAACUUUAUGAAUUAAAGUUAAAGAUGAUGACUAUGAGAUUGGCUUCAAUAUUAAAGAUUGAGAUGCCAUUUUCUAAUUCUGAAAACUUUGUUUCCAUCUUUGUUUCACAACUUGAAUAUAUCUGAAUUCAAGUGUGAAGCAUGUGAAUUUGCCAAACAUCAGAGAACUCAUUUUCUUGAAAAUAAUAUGAAAUGUUCAAUACCCUUUUUCCAUGUUCAUAGUGAUGUAUGGGGACCCACACCCACACCCACACCUAGCACUAGUGGAGCGAAGUGGUUUAUCACCUUUAUUGAUGACUGUACAAGAAUGAUGUGGAUUUAUUUGCUUAAAAAUAAAUUGGACGUAAGUAUGGCGCUCAGAUAAUUCCACUCUCUAGUAAAAACUUAGUCUUAGACAGCAAUUAAAAGAUUCAGAUCUGAUAAUGCUAAAGAUUACUUCAAUCAAACCUUCACUUCUUAUUUUUAGGAGUGUAUAUUACAUGAGUCAUCAUGUGUUUAUACACCCCAACAAAAUGGGGUGACUGAACAGAAAACUGGUCAUCUUUCAGGGAUGACUAGAGCUCUCCUUAUUCAGAACAAUGUACCAAAAUAUUUUUGGGGUGAGGGAGUUCUUAUGGGUGCCCACUUUAUAAAUUGAUUACCAACUAAAUUAUUGAAUCUUAAAAGUCUAGUUGAGAUGUUAUCUUUCUUCUAUCCUCAUAUCCCAUUAAAAAUGAACCUUAUACUAAGAAUAUUAGGGUGUACAACAUUUGUUCAUCUCCAUGAACAACAUAGAGAAGAAUUAGAUCCUAGAGCUCGAAAAUAUAUUUUUGUAGGAUUCUCAAACACAAAAAAGAUAAUGCUGUUAUUAUCCUCCAAUUUUUUUUUGUCUCAAGGGAUAUUACCUUCAAUGAGAAGGAAACAUGUUAUGUAUAGCACAUGAAAUCACCAUGAGAAGAUUCAAACUUUACAUGAUCUAUAAUUAAAUUUUUUACUUCCUACUGUGAAUUUAUUAUCAUACCCCACCAUUGUUCCUAUUGAACCACCUAUUCUUGAAUCUAUUCCUAACAAAGAACUCGAAAGAGGAAGAUUUGGCCUAGUAUAUUCUAGAAAAAAGGGGAAUGCUCUAGAAUCUACACAUUUUCAAGAGUCCUCCUAGGAUGAGUCAAAUGAGAUAUUUCACAUCAGCACCUUACCUAUUGAUGAGGACUUACCUAUCACCCUUUGAAAGGGGGUAAGAGAAUGUACUAAAAAAUUGUUAUAUCCUUUGGCUCUUUUUUUAUCAUAUGACAGAUUAUCACCUUCACACAAAACUUUUGUAUCUAACCUAAAUUGUACCUUAAUCAUAAAAAAUACUUUUGAGGCCUUAACCCAUGAGAAGUGGAGACAAGUUAUGACUGAGGAGAUUGAGCAUUUAAAAAAAAUGAUACUUGGGAACUUAUGUGUUUAUCAAUAGUAAAGAAAGUUGUUGGCUGCAAAUGGGUAUAUACAAUUAAAUAUCAUGUGAAUGGAUCCAUAAAUACAAAACCUUGUUGGUUGUUAAAAGAUAUACACAAACUUAUGGAGUUGAUUACCUUGAAACUUUUACACAAGUAAUAAAAAUGAAUACUGUCAGGAUACUUUUGUCAUUACCAAUACUUUUGAUUAUGAUCUUCAGCAAUUUGAUGUUAAAAAUACAUUUUUAUGUGGAGACUUAGAAGAGGAAAUCUAUAUGCUAAUAUUGUGUGUAGAUUGAAAAAAGUAUUAUGUGGACUGAAACAGUCUCCUCAGGCUUGGUUUGGUAGAUUUAUGAAGGUUAUGCUCAAGAUGAGAUAUAAACAAAGUUAAGAGGACCACAUUUUUUUAUCAAACAUUCAUUUUCAGGGAGAGUCACGAUCUUAAUAGUAUAUGUUGAUGGUAUAUUAGUGAUUGGAAAUGAUGACACAGAAAAGAAACUUCUCAGUCAAUGUUUAUCCAAAGAGUUUGAAAUAAAAACCCUAGAAAGAUUAAAAUACUUCCUAGGUAUUGAAAUUGCUUACUCCAAGAAUGUUAUCUUUGUCUCAACAAAAAUAUGUAAUAGAUUUGCUACAAGAUAUUGGAAAAACAACCUGCAAACCAGUUAACUCUCUAGUUAAUCUUAAUCUCAAGCUAAGUGCAACUACCGAGGAAGACAUUGUUGUGGAUAAAAGGAUGUAUCAACAAUUGGUAGGUAAAAUGAUCUACCUAUAUCAUACAUAACCAGACAUAAUGUAUGAAGUUAGUGUCAUUAACCAAUUCAUGCACAGUCUGAAACAAAUGCAUUUGUAGGCAACCUGUCAUGUUCUACACUAUUUAGAAGGAACUCGAAAAAACAAGAAUUUAUUCAAAAAACAUGAUCAUUUAACACUUGAAGUAUAUAAAGAUGCAGAUUAUGCUGGAUUUAUUGUAGAUCGAUGGUCAACAGCUGGAUAUUGUACAUUCCUUGAAGGUAAUCUUAUUAUUUGGAAGAGCAAGAAAAAAAAUGUUAUAGCUCAAUCAAGUGUAGAAGCUGAGUUUCGUGUUAUGACACAAGAUAUUUGUGAGAUUUUAUGGGUCAAUAUCAUCUUGAAGGAUUUGAAGAUCAAGAUACAAUGUCCAAUGAAGAUUUAUUGUGAUAAUAAAUCGAUGAUUAGUAUUACUUAGAACCUAAUUCAAUAUGAUAGAAUUAAAUAUAUAGAAAUUAAUUGUCACUUCAUGAAGUAAAAAUUAGAUAUUGGGGUGAUCUGUACUCUAUUUGUGUCUACAAUUGGUCAAACUGUAGACAUAUUCACAAAAGGACUACACAACAACAUCUACCAUCAUCAAGACUGACGAGAGGAGCUUGUAAAUGAUCAGAGGCACGUGCCACUGCUGACAGUUAUAUGUAUCGGCGAAUUCCUUUGCAGUGUGGAUUUUGGGUUUUAAAUCAGUAGUCGAGACUCAUGAAUUGCCUUCCAAAGGGAUAGCAUGAUAAUGACAUUUUUCCUUCUUCUUCAAUAUGGGAUUUUUUUUAGUCUUUUAUCGAUAGUAAAUUUGAAUAAUCCUAUAAAAUAAACGUCACUAGAAGUCUGAUUUACUUAAUGCCUGGACUGGCAAAAAUGUACUGAGGUUGUAUUAUCUACCACUUCCUGGCAAUCUUCAUAACAUAGGUGUCCAGUGACCCUCUGGAUAAAAGAAAUUAAUUUUUUUUGCAUACAUUGUUAAGCAUUAUCAAGCUUCGUUGAUUUAUGUGCUGAGGAGGUUGUAAGAAUAUAAAUAAUAGGUCGCUCCUGUUAUGAAAAAUAAAACGAUCAUCAUGUUCUGGAAGGGAAUUAUGUUCUUCUGUCCAUUUGCAUACAUGAUAUGCCUUGACUAAAUAUCAAGGAAGCAGUAACGAAAUUGAAUGACCUUGUAAGUAAUCAUUUCUUGAAGUUGAAUGAAUAGUCACUUAGAUGACCUGGGCCUCCUUAAACUCAAUGUUUAAUCUGACUCUCUUGUUGUUCUUAAGCCCUGAAAGUUGUUCUCCUUGAUGGCCUUCAGAAAGUCGGUCAGAAGGGUAAUAUUUAGUUCAAAGCUCAAGUUGAUCCUUGAUGCAUAUCCAAUAUCAUCCCUCUAGUAGCUUUUUAUUCUCUUUCAGAAGUCUCUCUCUCUCUCUCUCUCUCUCUCUCUCUCUUUCUGCUGUGUUUGCGUCCUCCUUGUUCCUUUAUGUCCCUUUUUUAUAAGCUUUUAGCUCGUUUCGUGGAACAAUUAUUUAUUCAUUUUCAUGCAGGCCCCUUCUACGGACAUAGCUGUUACUGAAUUGACUCACGCAUCUGCUGAAGUUAGUGAGAUAGUCUUCUUCUUACUUGGAGCAAUGACCAUAGUGGAGAUAAUCGAUGCACACCAAGGGUUCAAGCUAGUCACUGACAACAUUACAACUCGGAAGCCACGGAUUCUCCUUUGGGUGGUCUGUAACCUCUUCCUUUGAACUAAGAAAGUUAAAUUAUUUCGUUCUGUUUUCCUCCUAAUUUUUUCACAAAUCAAAUUUCCAUCAAUUUCUGAACGUCAAUUUGAAUGAAUGCACAGGUUGGUUUCGUGACCUUCUUUCUCAGUUCUGUCCUUGACAAUUUAACCUCCACGAUUGUUAUGGUUUCCUUAUUGCGGAAACUAGUGCCACCUUCAGAAUACAGGAAGUAUGUCUCUAUACCAUUUUUACUAGUUUGGCAAAUUCAUCAGGUUAUUUAAUGUUAAGUGGUACACUCACUAAUUUCUUCUACUAUGUUAAUCCUGUACAAGAAUUCUUUCACAUUGUGCCAAUUCGUGCUUUGUUGGAAUCACUGGAGAUAUUUGACUUUGAUUCUAUGAUUUCUGACUGAAUUACCUUGACAUCCAUUCUGCAAUUGCCUAAACAGGUAUAGUAUGUAAUAAUACGAAGUUCAGGAAUAAUAUUCGUGAGAAUUACAAUGAUCAAGUUUCCUGUAUUCUGUUGUAACAUUGUCAUGUGCACUCCGUGCAAGAAGUGCAUGACAUUUAUUAGCUUUUUCUUUUGAGAAUUUUGUCAAAAAGUGUGAUAAAAAUAUUGAAAGUUAUAUAAGGACAUAACGCAGAAUCGUUAAAAACCUGGUAUCCUUCAUGGAAUGGAAAAUUGUCUCUACUUCUCUUUUUUCUUAUUUAGUUGACUCUGUGAUUCAAGAAGACUAUUCGUGAGAAUUACAAUGAUCAAGUUCCUGUAUUCUGAUGUAACAUUGUCAUGUGCACUCCGUGCAAGAAGUGCAUGGCAUUUAUUAGCUUUUUUUUUUUGAGUUUUUUGCCAAAUAGUGUGAUAAAAGUAUUGACGGUUAUAUAAGGACAAAAUGCAGAAUCGCUAAAAACCUGGUAUCCUCCAUGGAAUGGAAAAUUGUCUCUACUCUUUUUUUCUUAUUUAGUUGACUGUGUGAUUCAAUCUCAUUUACUUCAAAAGGAUAUCAUCUUUUUCCGUUCUCACUGAUCUAGUGAUGUGAAAUGUAGUCUAUGGAUCAAUCCAUCUGCUUCAAAACUCUCCUGAUAUAAUAUCUAAUUUUAAUGACUUUGUGUUGUAUUUAAUGAUGGAGAGAUCUAAUGGCUAUACCUCCUCUUUUGAUAAAGAGGAAACAAAGAAUGUGUGGUUCCUUGAGUUGCGAUUGCCAUUGUUGAGUCGUAUGAAUAAAGUAGAUCAGUUCAUUAUUCAAACAGCUGUUUGGAGGAAAAUAGAAGGUGAUAAUUCAGGGUAGAUUUCAAAAUAUUAUCAGCAAACCGUUACAAGGACAGAUUUUAUCAUCCUAAAGGUGCGCCACCCCCAGCCCACCCGCGGCCCAUGAAAUGUCUUACAUUGCCACUGAACUGCUUGUAGCGGUGGCUGCUGUCUUAGUAAUGAAUCCAACACAGCCCCAUCUUAGCCAUUGUUGAUAACAACGAGGCAAACAUUCAGAAAAAGUUUAAUUGAAGUUUUUGAAAUUAUUGGAUCUAAGAUAUUCGAUUCAAUGUCAAUUCCUGUAGUGGAGAUAUAUUCCCACGAAUGAUGGAGCUAUUUAUGGAAUUCGAUGGCAAAAACCUUAGAAAAUUCUGAAGUACUUUUCUACUCUAUGCUCAUCCAUGUUGUUCGUUAUCCGAAUAGUCACUUUCUAGCUAAGAACUGGAGUUAUAAUAAUAGAAAUGGUCCUCUGCGCGUCAUAAAAUCUGUGAUAUUUUUCUAUCGGUAAUAUGUUAGAAAACGCUAUCUUGUGCUUCAUAUGGCCACCUUCUGGCUCAUUGGAGCCUACCAAGAGUAUUCAAUCUAGCUAACUCGAAUCUCACUAUAUUAAUCUUUCGUCUUUAAAUUUAAAAAAAAAUGCAUAUAGAUGUGCAUUUCUUAAAUCCAAAUUACUUUUUAUAGUAUCCAUAAAAAUAAAGAAAGGAGUUAACCAUAUCCAUUCAAUGGUUUAAUGUUUUCGAAAUAUGAAGAAGUGAUGAUUCCCUUUUCUAUAAAAGAGACCAGCACAGAUGUCAUGGUUUGCAAAAAGGAUUUUUAUGAUCUGGGUAAUCUUUUUUUGGUUCAGUUUCAAGAUCGAAAACCCAACCAAUCUCUGGAAGUUAAAACAAAAAGGAAUUGGUCAAUACUAUUCUUCUAAGUUAACAAUUGAAAAACCUGCUCCAGCCUAGCCUGACAUGUGGAGGAGGAAGUGAAAAGAACAGAAAGAUCGGCUUGAAAGGUUCAGAGAAGAUCAGGUCGAAUUCAAUUUUUUUAUUCAACUUGGAGCGUUGAUACAUAUAUCUGAACAUUAAGUUCAGGUAGGUCAACCUUAACUAAAAGCUCCAAAACCUUGAGGGGGUGGGGUAGGAGUUCGUCAUUUUGGCCCAAAUUAUAAUUGAAAAUUCGUACUACAAACUUAAUUGAGCAUAAUUGACGAGGAGCUGGGCAUCACGUUAUGGAAAAAAAUGCAUAUUAUUGGGCAACAAUUGCAUUCAAUGGAGAAAAUACUUCAAAUUUUCUCUGUUUUAAGAUUCGAAGUUAAUACUUCGAAUAAAAUGAAGCGCUUUUGCAUGUAAUGGCUUGCAAUUGGAAUGAAGUUGCAUUCAGUCAUUGAAGUUCUAAAUUACAUGUGAUUGGACACUAGUUUUUAAUUUUUACACUACUGAAACUUUUCUGGAAGCGGAUUUACCUCUGUAAUCCUUGAAGGUGUUGUGAAGGCUUUCGUGGGGGAAGUUUAUUCCUUUUAUUGUUCAUUUUUUACUUUUUAUUCUGUAAAUAUCAACAAUAACACCUGAUAGUACUGUCUAAGAUUAAGAACAACUAAUGAUACUUUCGUAUCAUUGCUUGGCAGGAGGAAUCUACCGAUUUGUCCUUGAAACCAUUUGCAUUUUUCUUUCUUGUCCAUCCAUCAGGGCCGGACUUUCUUGAAGUCCCAUCUUCAAGUUCCUUUUCAGGCUUCAUAUGUUUCCUACAGCUUCUACUUAUUCCAGUGAUAACUGUAUGAAUGCAAGCAGUUGUCGGUACCACAAUUACAUUCAUUCAUUAGUAUAAGAACUCGUAUUUGUACCCAUGAAUAUUGUGUACAGAUUGAUAAGUUUCACUGUAUAUUAUUGUUAUAUUCAGACAGACCGGUGCUUUUCAUCUCUUUUGGAUGUCUCCCUAUCUUCUUCAUCAUAUUGUACUUUUUGGAAUAUCACCUGUUUCUUAUUGUAUCUCGAAUGUGCCAGGUUUCUAGGAGCAGUUGUUGUAAUAGCAGCAAAUGCUGGUGGCGCAUGGACCCCAAUUGGUGAUGUUACAACGACCAUGUUAUGGAUACAUGGUCAGAUCACUACUUUGCAAACGAUGCAGGUGUACUUUUAUUUUAGAUGGUUUGUUAUUUUUCUGUUGCAUGUUUAUAUCUAUUCUGGUUGUAAUCCUACAGUGUCUUGGAAUUGUGAUAUUGUUUAUUUGUGCAUGUUCUAUCAAUUCUUGUGAUCCAUGCGAUUUUGGCUUAAACCGGUUUCACUCAAGAGUUAUAUGUUGUGCAUUGAGUUGUAGUGGAAUUGCUUGCACUAGUAGUUGAUAUUGUACACGAUGCUAGGUAAAAAAUUGUAUCAAGAAUAGGUUGAUCUUCAACGAGAUGAAAAUUUCAGCACUCUUUGUGCAGCGAUUUGCCGCUCCAGACUCAUUGUGACCUAUUUGUGAUGAGUUUACCUAUCUUUUUUGGUUAUCCAUUUCAACUCUUCUGGAAUCAUGUUGCAUGAGUGAAGAAUCUGCUUUAUUGCAGCCAUUGUGCAACUCUUUUUAAUUUCAAUCUUUAAUGUUGUUAUAUGCUGUUUGAAGGAAAAGAGUGUAACAUUAGUUAAUAAUAAAGUGCAGCAUGUACUUUCGUAUAGCUGAUGUAAUCCCACGACACUGACCUGUGAAAUAGUUACAGCCAUGCCUCCCUAGCUUAGUUUUUAUAUGACUGAUCAAAACUGUUGUUACCGGACAUCGUCAUGUGUAUCUGGAUGCAGUCUCCUUUAGCUAUUCAGGCGCUUUGGACUAACUCGUUACUUUUCUUUGGAUCACCAAGAUCAUGCCAAGGAAUUUUUUGCCAAACAACACUCUUGCCAAAUGGGUUGUCUACCUUCAGAUACAACAGAGUUACCUUGGACUGGCCGAUUAUAUUAUGUUUUAUCCAUGGGUUUUUUCAAAUGCUUAGACAACAGUCCUGAAAAAUUGGUGAUCGAGUUUCAAACAAUUAUCAUUGGUGUUUUGGUUAUGAAAGAGCUGGAAAGUCUAAGUGAUCAUGUAGGAGUGCAUGCUUCAGAGAAAAAGUGGCUGGCACAACACUGUUUUCCGAUUUUUCCUUGAGCAUUUAUUGUAGUUAUCUGAAAUUCUUACCUGGUUAUUUUGGAUGGACAGUUGUGUUGGAACUAUGAAAGAACAAUUACUGAUUCUCCCCUCUUCAUAUCCACCUCUUUAACAGUAGCCCACAGGGCUUUCCCUUGGGUAAAUAACACAUUUACAAACUUGUACGUGAUAGCAUCUCCUACAAUGCAAGCCUUUGAAGGAUAUAGGGAACCUGUUAUAUUAUUUUAACAAUUUUCUUUAAAGGUAAGCCAAUCAAUUCUGGCCAAUUUUCUGUGAUUUGGCCUUAUAUUUCACUCCCAUAAUGAUACUACUAAAGGAAGAAUAUGGAAGCAUGUCUCAUCAUCGAAGGGCUGAAGUGAAAGAAAAAGAAAGGAAGAAAAAACUGCCCAGGAGUCAUUAGAGAUAUUUUCUGCUGCGCGGUGCAGCAUGCUUUUCCCUACCUCCGGGGACCCCGUUCAUAUGACAUAAUAAAUCUUGGAUAGGGUGGGGGUUCAUUACUUGUAUCCUCAUUAAAGUUCUGUCGCAUGUAUCCCUUUUAUCUAUUUUUAAGUAAUAUAAUGUGGUAUCUAUCUAUCUCUGAUCUAAUUAUAACUUGGUAUUUUCUUAUCCCAAAUUUCUCUUCCCUUGUCCGAUCCUGAUUGGUUGGAACAUGGCCAGUCUGACCGCCUGAAUCCAAUUAUAGGCAUCUUUCUGGCUAAUCCAUUUGAUCAAUCUAGAAUCAGAUAAUUCCAGGUAAAUUCAGCCUCUAAAUGAUGCGAUCCAGCGCUAUUUUCGAGGUUCAGGGAGAAAACGAAUCAUUCCCAUUUCAUCUGUCUUUCAUCCGUGGACUCUUUUGGUUUUGUUAUAGCAUAUGGAUUCUUUAAUUCCUUUCCGAUAAAAAAACUAUGCUUUUUCUGCCAGUAGAUUUCCUGACAAUAUUUGAUACCAUUUUAUGUAAUGUAACUGUAUUGAUUUUUAAGAUUAUAUCCUCUGAAUUAACUGUUGAUCAAACAGGUAUGAUUCUCCUUCGUAGUGAAUUCUUGGUCAUGCUGAUAUAUUGCUGAAUCACAUCUGCACAAGCCUGUUCUGAAAAUAACUUCCUUUGUCCAUAUCUUGUUAUGCAGAGUGUAUUUUUUCAGAUAUGUUUUGGAGAGUGUAUCUUUUUUCUGAUAGGCUGUUUGCAUAGUUAGUCCAUUUCAUAAAACAUUGGAAAUGAUUGUGAUUAUAGCUAACCUAAUCAUCAAAUGUUGAUUCAUUAUCCGUCAGCAUUUUUCAAAUUUAACACUUGAUGAACUGAUAAUUCAUGUUAAUGACUAGAUUGUUGAUAGUGGUUUUCUCUUUGCUGGCAAAGGUAAAACUCAGUCCUAAAGAAAUCUUUUUGUUUGUCGUUGAUUUUUAUUAGGGCUUGUUCAUUCCCUCAGCCAUUUCUUUGGCAGUUCCUCUUGCUCUCAUGUCUCUCACAAGGUAUUGUAAUCGUUAAUUAUUUUAUGUUUAUACCUUUCUCCAUCAUUAUAAGGAAUGAAUUCACCAUCCUCGCCUUAUUGCAAUGCAGUGAAGUCAACAACUCGGGCCAGAAAACUGACGAUGUACUGGCCUCAGAGCAGAUGGCCCCUCGGGGCCAGCUUGUUUUUGGAGUUGGUGUUGGAGCUCUAGUGCUCGUUCCCAUAUUCAAAUCUGCAACUGGGCUCCCGCCAUACAUGGGCAUGCUGCUUGGUCUUGGGGUUCUUUGGAUCUUGACAGAUGCUAUACAUUAUGGAGAGUCGGGAAGACAGAAGCUAAAAGUCCCUCAAGCUUUAUCUAGGAUUGAUACACAGGGGAUACUUUUCUUCCUUGGGAUCCUUCUGUCUGUGAGCAGGUGGGUUGUUGUGAUGCUCUAUCCUGUUAAUCAUGCCCUUUGUUAUUCACCCCCCCCCACAUAUGGACUCGUUUUCUUUUGAUUCACUCGCUCAAGAGAGUUUUCCUUGCUUACAGCCUCGAGGCUGCUGGAAUUCUAAGAGAACUGGCGAACUAUCUGGAUGUCCAUAUCCCAAGCAUUGAACUGAUUGCCAGCGCCAUUGGCGUGGUGUCGGCGAUCAUAGACAAUGUCCCUCUGGUUGCAGCCACAAUGGGAAUGUAUGAUCUGACCUCCUUUCCGCAAGACUCUGAGUUUUGGCAGCUGGUUGCCUUCUGUGCCGGCACUGGUGGGUCCAUGCUCAUCAUCGGUUCGGCGGCCGGUGUGGCCUUCAUGGGAAUGGAGAAGGUCGACUUCUUCUGGUACCUUCGCAAGGUGAGGAUCAUCUCUCUUCCUUGCACUCUUUAGGUCCAAACUUCUUAAUGAUGCUUUUUUCGCUAAUCUGUCCUUGCUAUCUCACACAGGUGAGCGGAUUCGCUUUUGCUGGUUAUGCCGCCGGAAUCGUUGCAUACUUGGCAGCUCAGAAUAUACAUUUCUCACUGCCCACUGUUGCCCAGUUGCCAUUCCUCUCUGGGUUGUAG